UGCCAUAGACUGUAGAAAAAAUAAACCCGAGUGCACAUUUUCAUCUUGCCAUAUUCACCACCAUCUUCGCUCUAGUCUCUCCCUGAGAUUCACUUCCUGUCCCGCUCUGUCCGUAAUGCGUCUGUGCAGACAUUCUUCGUCCUGUUCACAGAACAUUUUCAGCUAACUUUUCCCCACUAAAUUCUUGAGCAGGCUUCGUAAAUAUCAGAAGGAGAGAGGAAAACAAACACUAUGGUGCUGAAUCCUGUCAUUUCCAAGUUGACUGGCAAGCUGGUAGUACUGGCGAGUGCUUCUCCCAGGAGGCGGGAAAUCCUGACCAAUGUGGGCUUGAAGUUUGAGGUCGUCCCAUCUUGGUUUAAAGAGACCCUGGACAAGGCAUUGUUCAAACACCCUCAUGAGUAUGCAGUGGAGACAGCCAGGCAGAAAGCUCUGGAGGUGGCCAAGAGGAUGCCCUGUAAACACCUAAAAACCCCAGACAUUGUGAUUGGAGCAGACACUGUAGUGACAGUGGACGGAUUAAUCUUGGAGAAGCCAGUUGACAAGCAGGACGCCUACAAUAUGCUUUCCAGGCUGAGCGGUAAAGAGCACAGUGUAUUCACUGGGGUGGCUAUUGCCCUCUGCCAGGAACCGGAAGGUAGGGAAGUUGAAUACAGAGUCUAUGAUUUUUAUGAAGAGACCAAGGUAAAGUUUGCUGAUCUGUCUGAAGAGAUGCUCUGGGAAUAUAUUCACAGUGGGGAACCAAUGGACAAAGCCGGGGGCUACGGGAUCCAGGCCCUGGGGGGCAUGCUGGUGGAGUAUGUGCAGGGAGACUUUCUCAACGUGGUGGGCUUCCCGCUGAAUCACUUCUGCAAGAGACUGGGGCAGAUAUACGACCGGCCUUCUGAACCCCUGGGGUGGAGCAAACUGACAGAAUGUGCAGAGAACCGGAAAACUGUGGGAGGCCCCAGCGAGGGCUGUGAAGGCGCAGUACCAGGCUCGGCCAGCGGGGGUGCUGCACACAAGCCAAACUUCGCUGGGCCACAUGGCGGGGAUGACCGUAACCCUAACUUUCCGCACAAGAUUGUUGAGCUAAUGGAUGGAUUCAAGGCUUCUAAGUGUUUGUUUGUAGCUUCGAAGCUGAAAGUGUUUGACCUCCUGACCUCUGCGGAGGGCGUGAGCGCUGCAGAGGUUUCUGGGAAAAUCCAAGCCCCUGAGAAGGCUGCUGAGCGGCUGCUGGAUGCCUUGGUCUCGCUGGACCUCCUGACCAAGAUCAAGCGUGGAGAGACCACAGGUAAGACCACAGGCGAGACCGCAGCCUACAGGAACGCGGACGCGGUGAGCCGGUACCUGGUGUCCACCGGGGAGCGGUCGCUGCACGGGUACAUCCUGUACUGCAACGAGGACCUCUGGCCCCUGUGCACCCAGCUGGAGCUCGCCGUGCUGGAGGGGGGCCGCCAGUUUGGGAAGAGGCCCAAAGUCGCUUUUCAGGAUGACCAUUACAGCGAUAAGGACAGGAGGCUGAGAUUCAUGAAGGGCAUGCACAGUAUCGCCAUGGUGACGGGAGGCGACGUGGCGACGGCCUUUGAUCUCUCUGGCUUUAAAACAGCGUGUGACCUGGGAGGGUGCACUGGGGCCAUGGCCUACGAGUUCACCAGAGCGCAUCCUGGAUUGUCGGUAACAGUCUUUGACCUGCCUGCGGUUGCCGAAAUGAGCGGAGAGUUCUGCCCCAAACACCAGGACACCAGCAGGGUCACGUUCGUAGCCGGGGACUUCAUUACAGACGAUCUUCCCAAAGCAGAUCUGUAUAUCCUGGCAAGAAUUCUACACGACCUCUCCGAUGAGAACGUAGACCUGCUGUUGAGUAAAUUGUCAACAGUAUGUUCUCCAGGCUGUGGACUGCUGGUGUCUGAGAUCUUCCUGGACGACCAGAGGAGUCGUCCAAGCAGAGCGCUGCUCCAGGCUCUCAGUAUGACCGCGGGGAGACAGAGGAGUGCGGCUGAGUACCUCCUCCUGAUGAACAAGCACGGCUUCUCCCAAGCACGCGUCAGACACACGCACAACUUCCUCGACGCUCUCCUUUGCAUAAGAGAAUGACUUUUUUUGUUUGACGUGCCUGCCAAUUUGUUUGUUUUGUUUUUUUUGAUGGCAUCCACAUCUGGAUUCACAUACUGUCGGUCCCUUUGUGAUUUAUAUGAUCUGCAUCAUUUUAAAGCCAUCCCUGUCAAAGCCUAAUAUAAUGUUGAAAUAAUAAUGUCGUCAACAUUGCUGCUGUGUUGUAGGGACGUUGUGAGGACACUGAUGCAUUAACUGGAAAGCAUCAACUCUGUGGCUCUUUUCCAAGUACGCAGAUGUUGAGGGCAUUAUUAUGAUGUGUGGCAUUAUUUCACUAAAAUCUGUAGGUGGGCUGUCCACUAAACCAGAGGUAACCUGAAAAAGGUUGCUAAUGUAUUAAUGAUUCCAUGAAUUAAAUAUUUAGACUUUCGAUUAAAGUGUGAAAACCAUGUCAGGUUUACACAUUCUUGUUAAUAUUGUAAUCGCCCAUAUUUAUAUAUUAAUAUGAUUCCAAGUUGCCAUAUUUCUGAUAUAGAUGAUGUAAUGGCAUUGUGUUAAAUAGCCACUACAAUGCUGCUUGUACUGUGAACCGUUAACCAUUUUAUUGAUGUUUUCAACCACAGGAUGCUAAUUUUUUUUUUUUAAAUAAUUAAAAUCACAUCCGAAAUCCCACCCAAAUUUGGAAUGUCCAGUUCACAAACUAUGUACAAGCGUGCUCAUUAGCACCAACUCCUGCUGGCUCGGUGGAGCAAAGACAACUCGCGGUUCCCCUCCGAAACACACGGUGCCAGCCAGCUGCUUCUUUUCACACCGCAGCCACAAGCUACACACACAGAGUGGGGGCGGAGGAGACCCAAUCAUACCUGUGCCCAGAGAGGAAGCCACGGCCACCAGGAUGACCACCAAGGGGUUGCUUGAGCAACGAACACUGCUAUCCCCGCUGCCUGAAUCCCUCCCCCUAUAUCCCUUUUUAUGAUGUCCCUGCAGGGCUGUCGGCCAUUCGACGAUGUCCUAGGUCGGAUUCGAUCCGACGUGGAUCCGUACCUACUCGUGCGUGCACUGCAAGCGGUGCUUUUACCGAGUGAACUACCCAGCAGCCCGCGACCCAAUGCUAAUUCUACAGGGGUGUUUUGCGCAGAUAAAGGUUUGGGAACACCCCCUGCACCCCUGCAGGCUAAUCCAUUAGUGUCCAUUAGAACCUAUUUUGUCUGACAGUGUGAGCUGUGCUCUGGGCAAAGACACCGGAUAAGAGGAGGGCAGGGCCAAGCAGAGGGCUGUGAAUAUGCCUGUGCAGAUGUGGGGGGAAUAGUGGAACCUGCUGCAAGUGCACAGAUCUGCAGAUGUGCACAUCUGUCACUCCAGAAACUUUCUUACUGCCAUUUUAGCUAUCAAAGUUUAGUCUAAACAGUGUUUCCCCCCCUUUCUGAUUGUCAUUUUAAGCAAAGUGGACAAUAAAGUUGAAUUGGCUGAAUCCAA